UGGGGUUUGCUGCUUUGAGUUAACCCCAACAAUGUUCGUGGUUAAUGACAAAAUCUGCAACCUGGAUAUACAACUUCACAACUUACAACAGCGAAUCACAAAAUGCUCAGAGAUCAAGUCCCCGGAAACCCACAAUGAUGCCAGUCGAUUCAGCCUUGCUCUCAAGGAUAUAGAAACACUAGAGCGUAUCUGCGACUCGCUUUCUGUAGCAUCAAGAUCACAGCCAAUUUUGCGCGCCAGCCAGAUCGCACGACUCACUUCUCAGUUUCCUCAGACUCAGGCAAUAUAUGACAAGAACUCCUCAGUUUCCCAUUCAGUCCUAUCAAAUGUACCGGAGAUAUCCUGGAUUGUGGCCGCCAGGGCUGCUAUUCAGACAUAUGGAACUAUACUAGAGUCCCUUUCAGAGAAUGCCCUCGUCCUAGGUGAUGAGGUCACUUACUGGGCCGGUCUGCUGGAAUCUCCGUGGUACAUGGCCAUGUACACUCUACAGAUAUCUCCUGUGCGGCUCUGGCACAAGCUCAGAUCUCGCUUCUCUGUCUGGUCCAGUCCAGGAGUUCGGACGCAACCAUCGCAUGUAUCGCUUGCAUGGGCUCAACUCUACGACUCCGCCCGACGGUGCGCUUCAUCUAUGACUAUAUCUACUAUACGAAAGGGAUUGAUGCACCCACUGCUUUCGUCGAGGUUACAGGUACAGCAGAAACAAAAGGCGCUGUGUGUGGCGAAAGAUGCAAACACCAGUGCAUUGGGAAUACUCAUGGAACGAUGCUUUCAAUUUGAACUUGAUGAUGAGCUUCCAGGCUGCUGUAGCUAUGGCUCCCUCAGUGACGAAUGGUGCAGUCGGCUUCUCAAGAGCGUGGCCUUGAUGAGGCUGGUACUUCAACAUCUGACUGCGGGUGGGACACUCUAUGACUUCGAACUGAGAACAAUCAUGGCCACCGAAGAAGAAGAUCUAUCGCUUCAAUUGUAUUCUGAUGGGACCAUAUGUCCCAAAAGGCCAGAAUAUGUCAUCGAGAAGCUCAACUUCAUUAAUCAGACAUUGAUUCCGGAGUACAUUGCCGUUACCAAACGAAAUAUGGGUGAGCUCGGACGACCUCCCUUGAUAGUGCGUUACUGGCUCCCAUUCUUGAUUGCGAUCUUGUCAACCAGUACGACCCUUGAGAUGUUCCAAAAUCGACGCCGUGAGCUUCUGACGUGGGUCACGGACAUCGGUUCAACGACAAUCGAGUUCUGGUACAAUUGGGUCGUCGAUCCUCUGAAAAGACUUGUUGGCACCAUACGACAUAAUGAAGAUAGUGAGAUCGCGUUGAUGAGCAAGAACAGUCUCCAAGCAGAUCGAGCUUCGUUGGAAAGGAUGGUGGUAGAUUUUGUCCUUGAUCAUCGUGAGCCCAGUGAUGAUUCUCUUGCCUCAAGAGAAAUCAAUGCCAUCAUGAAUAAAGUCCGAGAAGGUGACCUUACACCGGUCUUGAAAGCAUACGAGAAGGAUCUACGAACCCCUUUCAUCGGGACUGUUCGGGGGGACUUAGUACGGGCCCUUCUGAUCCAAAUCCAAAAGACGAAGGUGGAUGUAGAGGUAGCAAUUGGCGGCAUCGAUUCUUUGCUGAAGAGCCAGGAGCUCGUGUUCGGCUUCGUCGGACUGACCCCUGGUCUAUUGGUGUCUUAUGCCUCCAUUCGUUGGCUCUAUGGCCUGUUUGGCAGCAGAAAGGGCUUGCGCAUUGGUCGAAGGCAGCAUGAAUUAAGGCACGCACUGAGGCAAGUUCAUCGUGAUUUAACGUUAUCUACCGUGACAGCCAGUGGGACCCUCAGCUUCAAAGAUUACGGUCAACUCAUAUGCAAUACCGAGAUUCUACUUCAGAAAGCACAAGUCAUGCUUACAGGUGCAGAUAUUCAUGCUUUCCAGGAAGACAUCAACGACAUGGUUAGUAAAAACAGCGCAAAGCAGCAACUAAAGGUUGUGGAACGGAUGGGGUGGGUGUACUCACGAUGGUUGUAAGCUAUCUUGAAUGUGGGAGAAUAGCACUCAGCGAAAGAAAUCGAAUACUACUAAACCUACAGCACUGGUGUACCCCGGGUAAGACAGGAAAGUGC